AUGAGGCAGAGCAGCGAGCUUCCUGGCCCCUGGAACAGGGGAGAGGCCAAAGGACCCAGGGAGAGAUAUGCCAGCCACAUCUCAUUUUCAUCAGAACGAUUGAAAGAAGAACCAAGAAUAUCAGUGCUAUCUCCUGACAUGAAAUUUAAGACUUCUGAAGUCGCCAGAAGUUCCCUUGAUGGUUGUAUUUUUCUUGAGAGAAGUUGGAGGAAGGCAGUCCAAGAAACAGAAAGGAUGAUGAAAGCUUUUGGUCUAGAAGAGCUCAAGGAAUGUGUCAAAAUGCCAUACUUACCCAGAUUGCAAAGUUGCCAGAAAAUGAGUUCAACUCCACUUGGUGUUCGUCGGAGACUGCUGAGUCCUGAGAUCGAGAUGCCUGUGGUCAGGAUAAAGAAGAUUGGUGAGCCCUGCCCUGUGCUAUCACCUAAGGAGGUAUCAAAAAGUUUUGUCUUCACGGAUCCCCUCCCUGGAGCACCACCUCAAUUCUUACAGAGACUUUCUAAAAUGGCCAUAUUAGAAUAUGAUACCGUUCGCCAAGAAAUAACCAGAAAAUCAAAAAAAGGCAAAAAGCACAACCUGCAAGACUGCUGACAGAUACUGUGUGGCGUGAUGUUUUCUAAUGUUUUUCUUUCUUUUCUUUUUCUCAUUUCAUUAUGUGUCACGUGUGAUAUGGUGUGCAAUGAUCUACAUAAAAAUAGGAAUGCAAAUAAGAAAUAAAUAUUUUGUGUUACAUACAGAAUAAUUUGUAUUUUGUUCCUA